AUGCUGCCUAUAAGCACCAACAUUCACACGACACUUCUUGGUGCUCUGUACCUUGCGAACUGGUGUCUUGGACAGAAUUCUACUCAGUACGUUGGAGCCCAUGUCCCAUCCGGCACAUCCAUCGUUGGCAGCUAUGGAGGGCAAUAUCGUCCUCAAGUGCACUUUUCGCCCCCCAGCCACUUCAUGAAUGACCCGAAUGGCAUGUUUCGAGACCACAACGGCACAUGGCACCUCUAUUACCAGUACAACCCCACAAAGAGUGUUGCGGGAAAUCAACAUUGGGGACAUGCGACCUCGCAAGAUUUAUAUCAUUGGACAAACCAACCAAUUGCCCUGUUCCCCCCGAAGAAGAAUGUAUACAUCUUUUCUGGAAGUGCAGUCAUUGACAAGAACAACACUUCUGGUUUCUUCGGCAACCAGUCCAAUGGCGUUGUUGCAAUUUAUACAUUGGCAGAAUAUUUAGAUGACGGAAGCCCCGGUCCCCAAUCUCAGGCCAUCGCCUACUCGUAUGACAGUGGCUUCACCUUCACCCCGUUUGACGGCAACCCUGUCAUACCGAGCAACUCCUCGCAGUUUCGCGAUCCAAAGGUCGUCUGGUACGAAGACCACUGGGUAAUGGUGGUUGCUUACGCCCAGGAAUUCGCAAUUGGCAUAUUCACCUCACCAGAUCUGAUCGAGUGGACUCAUGCCAGCAACUUCUCCAAUCAAGGUCUUCUGGGUCUGCAGUGGGAAUGCCCAAACCUAGUGCGCAUGCCGCUGUACACGGAAGACGGACAAAGACGAGACGAUAUGUGGACUAUGCUAAUCAGCAUCAACCCAGGGGCGCCGGUGGGUGGUUCUAUUACAGAAUACUACCCUGGAACUUUUAACGGGACCCAUUUUGAAGCAGUUGAUUCAGUUGCCCGCAUUGCCGAUUUUGGCAAGGACAAUUAUGCCGGGCAGUUCUUUUUCGGUGUCCCAGCCGAAGAAGAUCCCGUGUCUAUUGCCUGGGCAUCUAAUUGGCAGUAUACCCAGACUGUUCCGACUGCACAGGAGGGCUGGCGUAGUGCAAUGAGUCUCCCUCGCCGGAAUUACUUGACAAGAAUUGACCGUGUUGGCUGGAAACUGAUAAGCAGCCCGUAUGAUAUGCAGCCAAUCAUGGGGAGAAAUCUAGCGUAUAACCAGAGCCUUGUCAACGGAUCCUUGACGGUUGACUUUUCAGACAUAGCCUCCAAUGCGGUGUACUGGGAGGUGAAUGUGACUGGCUUACCAAAGAAAGGGAUACCGGAAAUGGCCACCUUGAAUUUCACGCUUCUUAGUCCUAUAACAGCAGAGUACAUCAGAGGAGGGUAUUACUUUGGCGGCGACAAUCCGUUCUAUCUUGACAGAGGCGGUGCAAAAGGCUUCGACAACGUCUUUUUCACUGACAAGCUAUCUACAAAUAGUUUGUUCUGUAACGGUAGCUGGUCGAUGAAGGGAGUGAUGGAUCGGUCCAUACUUGAAUUAUUUCUCAAUGACGGCGUCGACAGUGCUACAGCGACUUUCUUCGCCACACAACCGUUGACGUUCUUGAUCAUCAGUACGUCCAGUUUGCCUCAUGGCACACGGGUAAGCACUCGUGUCAAUGCUUUAAAAAGUACCUGGCAGCAAAUGGAAGACCCAGGAGAUGGCUUGGUGCACGGAAACAUCUCCAUGCAGGAAACGGCCUCAGAGGCCAUGAAGCACUUGCUGCAAUCCAUGUGA